AUGCCACCACUCUCAAGCCUUCGAGCGCUGUUUACCUUGGCUACAGCGUUUAAAGUGCCAGACAAAGCUGGAAAGCUCACCAGGAUGGACAAGGAUGGUGAAGUGCGCGUCCUGUUCAUAGACGUUAAGAAAGCACGCUUCUGGAGCCCCGUCAGAAGGAGACUUCUGGUGGAGCUACCCCCUGAAGCUGGGGAGGACAAGACCAAAGUCGGACUGCUGAAAAGGAGCCUCUACGGAACGCGAGACGCCCCUUCAAACUGGGAACAUGCCAUAAAGGAUGUCAUGGAGCACGUAGAACUGGUCUUGGAACAGCUGGGACUGGAACGAGCCGCUCCUGUCACCACACCUCUGGUGAAGAGUAAAGGUGAUGAGGAGGAAGUUCCUCUAACGGACCAGGAGGCGGGAUAUUAUCGGUCUGUGGCAAUGAGAAUUGGAUAUCUAUCCAUGGAUCGACCGGACAUGUUGCGCACAGUUCGUGAACUUGCGAAGGGACUAAAGGCCCCUACACGUUUUCAUUGGAGUUUGCUGAAGCGUGCCGCAAGGUACUUAAAGGGUGUUCCACGGCUGGUUCAGCUGGUACCCAACCAAGAAAGCUUUAGCAUCAUCCAAUGCUGGUUGGAUACUGACCAUGCAGGUUGUGUUCGGACACGUAAAAGCACAACCGGGACGGUCAUCCAACUCGGACGGUCUGUGAUCAAAGCAACUGCGAAAGGGCAAGCUGUCAUUGCAUUCUCAUCUGGAGAAGCAGGGUACUAUGGCCUCAUUUCGACGGCCAGUGCUGCUUUGGGCGAGCAAGCUAUGCUCGCGGAUUGGAAUAUCACCUGCCCAGUAUGUGUCAACAUGGAUGCAACGACUGGCAUCUCAAUCGGAAGCCGGAGAUGA